CAUUCUAUUAUGGUCUAUGCAUUAGGUCCUGGAGAUCUGGAGAAAUAAGGAGUUUUUUCCAACGCAUGUGGUCGAUACUCUGGAGGCAAAUGUAAGACGGCCUCCCUUUCUACAGCCACCGACUACUGGCAACACCUCUGUCCCUGUAAUGCCUUCUGUAGCGUCAUACACGUACCCACAGGUCCCUCAACAGAUGCAAUCUCCACCUCAGUUCCCUCCACAGCAUCAACAGAGUCAUCAUCCUACUCAAGCUCAGCAACCUCCAUACGCUCUUCAAAUGCACCAACAGUUGCCAUCUCCUCAUCCUGCUCCAUGGCCGUCUGCAUCUGUUUCUUUAUUACCUACACAGCCCCAUCCCUACAAUCCACCGCCUCAUUCUUACACUCCACUCCCUUUUCUCCCAACGCCUCAACAACAGUUUGCACAAAACAGCGCCUCACCCAUCCAUCAACCCCCACAGCAAGUUAUGCAACCCGGAUUCCAGCAUUUAUCUUACCAGCAGCAACCACAGCAUCCACAGCAUCCACAGGUCAUGCUGGCUUAUCAGCAACCGUUGACUCCUACCCCAGGAAUGUAUCAUUCUUCCCACUCACCUCCAGCUCUAAGCUCAACUCAAGCUCCAGGUCCAAACUUCGUCUCAGCACAACCUCAGCUGGCACCUGAACCUACUCAUAGAGACGUGCUCACCCGCGAUCUACCUGCUGGAUUAAUGAUGUCAAAAAUUGAGCCUGACGCUGAAUAUUAUGAGCCUCUCCCAGCAUAUGUCUCCAUACCGAUGAAAAGUGAUGCCAUCUCUAGUACUGUUCUGGAACAUUUAGCAAAGUUCCUUUCAAACUCUCCUUGUGUUGGGAACGGAAGUGAAAUCACUGAAGACAAUAGAAACAAUGCGAACAGCAUUAAGAAUGAAGGCUGGGGUGACGGUUGUUUAGAUGAUUUCUAUAAAUCUGUGGCAGUGAAACGAAGAUGCGCCUAUUCUAAAGAACCUGUUAAAAGUCAGAAAGACUCUGAGCGCCGUGGGAGACAUAGCAGGGGAAGCGAAUCGAAUAGCCGGAUGCGGACAUAUGCACGCUCAAGGUCCAGAAGCAGAUCUAGGUCAAGAAGGCGUUCUAGUUUACACUCAUACUCUCGAUCUCUUUCUCGAGGCAGAUCUAGGACUCGAUCAUGGAGUAGAUCACCGCCUUAUCGUUCACGUAACCGAAAGUUCAGUCGGAGUAGGAAUCGAGAUAGAAGCGAGAGCAGAAACAUAUCGAGAAGUAAAUCAAGGGAUCGAUCAAGGAGCAGAGGUAGAGAGAGUUAUCGGUAAUCAAAGAGAUAUAAAAAUAGGUGGGAUUGAGACUUCUAACGCUCAAAACACUAUAAAGUGUUUUGGUUGUUCCGAGAAAUAUACAUAUGCUUUUACAAUGAUAACUCCC